GAGGUAUUGUACAGUAUUUGACAGUAAUUGAUGGUAUUUAAUGGUAUCUGAUGGAUUCUGAUGGAUUCUGACUGCGUCCAGCUCUGCUCUGUGUUUCCUCUGCAGUCAUGUAACUGAGAGGAAUGCUGGGUAAUAAUGUGUGAGCUCUUGUGGUGUAAAUUUAGCAUCUCUCUGAGUGAGAAAAGUGGAUUAAAGACCAAGUCGAAGUUCCUUUUAGUUUUCUUUAUUAUCAAUCAUCAGAAUACACUGCCUAGGUACAGCAGAGGAGAACUUUGUCAAUUUCAAGGCUGCUGAUAAAAGGUGUCCCUCCAAUGAAGCCCUCAGUUCUCUCUGGCUUUUCUGUCUGUGUGUAAGGUUAUUUAAUUCAAAUGUUCCAACGCAUGGGCGCGUCUUCCCGGGCACAAGGAAGCUGCUAAAUCUACUUUUUAACCUUAAAAGGAUACAAUCUAUACUUGUGUAGAUAUAUAUAUAUCCCAGAUCUUAAAGGCCCUUAUUUCUGGUUUAAACCGGUUGGUACCUGGAGACUCUGUUCUGAACAAAAAAAGGGUGAGGCUUCUCUUACUAAAGCAAAACUCUUAUAUUAUAUGUAACAUAAAUUAUACCAUUUGUGGCAUAAAAUAUACUACACUCUCCCUGCAGGUUGGUGUGAACUGCUAUGGAUCAGUGUGAGGAUACGGAGGACGGGGUCCGUCCCCCUAAAACUGCUCAGUGUGAGGACAUGGAGGACGGGAUCCGUCCCUCUAAAACCGCUCAGUGUGAGGAUACGGACGGCCAGACAGAAGCUGUCAGCCCAGAGCAGCAGCACACACCUGACUCUCCGGGACCUGAACCCGACCCUGAUGAUAAUCUUGAUGCUGAUCCUGAAUCCCAGCUCGGCUGUGUGUCCUUCAGGAGUGAUCAGUCGAAGGAUCUUUAUUUUACUUUUAAACAAAGAUGGAUAUCUGACAAAAGGAUCCAGCAGAGACCAGACUGUCCUGGACCUGGACCUGGACCUGGACCUGGACCUGGACCCAGCUACAUGAAGAGUGACAUGUCCAUGCAUCCUCCUCUGAUGCUGAACGAUGAUUCUCUCUCUGUUGAUGAAAGGACGGAGCUGGAAGAACCUGAACCCGACUGUGUCUCCUUUACUGACCAGUCUAAGUACAAUCCGAUAACCUUCAAAGAUGGAUGCUACUCUGUUGAUCCAAGAGCGGACCCGCAGAGCUCAGAGGUUCCCACUGCUCAUUGUUCCCAGCAGCAUCAAACUCACCUGGACUCCAUUUUUAUGCUGCUGGAGGAGAACAUCGUCACUUUUGUGAAGAACGAGCUGAAGAAGUUUCAGCAGGUUCUGAGUCCAGACUACCCAGAAUCCUUUGAGACCCAGAGGGAGGAUGAGGGGGAUGAAGAGCAGAGGAGGAGCAGCAGAGAGGCCUUUCUGAAGAUUACACUGCACUUCCUGAGGACGAUGGAGCAGAAAGAUCUGGCUGACUGUCUGCAGAGCAAAAGUCAUUCUGGAGUUUGUCAAUGGAAACUGAAGUCCAACCUGAAGAAGAAGUUCCAGUGUGUGUUUGAGGGGAUCUCUAAAGAAGGAAACCAGACUCUUCUGAAUCAGAUCUACACAGAGCUCUACAUCACAGAGGGAGGGACUGCAGAGGUCAAUAAGGAACAUGAGGUCAGACAGAUUGAAACAGCAUCCAGGAAACCAGACAGACCAGAAACAGCAAUCAGACAAGAAGACAUCUUUAAAGCCCCACCUGGAAGAGAUGAACCAAUCAGAACAGUGCUGACAAAGGGAGUGGCUGGCAUUGGGAAAACAGUCUUAACACAGAAGUUCACUCUGGACUGGGCUGAAGACAAAACCAACCAGGACAUAAUGUUCAUAUUUCCAUUCACUUUCAGAGAGCUGAAUGUACUGAAAGAGAAAAAGUUCAGCUUGGUGGAACUUGUUCAUCUCUUCUUUCCUGAAACCAAAGAAGCAGGAAUCUGCAGGUUUGAAGAGUUCCACGUUGUGUUGAUCUUUGACGGUCUGGAUGAGUGUCGACUUCCUCUGGACUUCCACAACACUGAGAUCCUGACUGAUGUCACAGAGUCCACCUCAGUGGAUGUGCUGCUGACAAACCUCAUCAGGGGGAAACUGCUUCCCUCUGCUCGCCUCUGGAUAACCACACGACCUGCAGCAGCCAAUCAGAUCCCUGCUGACUGUGUUGACAUGGUGACAGAGGUCAGAGGGUUCACUGACCCUCAGAAGGAGGAGUACUUCAGGAAGAGAUUCAGAGAAGAGGAGCAGGCCGGCAGAAUCAUCUCUCACAUCAAGACAUCACGAAGCCUCCACAUCAUGUGCCACAUCCCAGUCUUCUGCUGGAUCUCUGCUACAGUUCUGGAUGUGUUGGAAACCAGAGAGGGAGGAGAGCUGCCCAAGACCCUGACUGAGAUGUACAUCCACUUCCUGGUGGUUCAGUCCAAAGUGAAGAACAUCAAGUAUGAUGGAGGAGCUGAGACAGAUCCACACUGGAUUGAGUCUUUGGGAAAACUGGCCUUUGAUCAGCUGCAGAAAGGAAACCUGAUCUUCUAUGAGUCAGACCUGACAGAGUGUGGCAUCGAUAUCAGAGCAGCCUCAGUGUACUCAGGAGUGUUCACACAGGUCUUUAGAGAGGAGAGAGGACUGUACCAGGACAGGGUGUUCUGCUUCGUCCAUCUGAGUGUUCAGGAGUUUCUGGCUGCUGUUCAUGUCCAUCUGACCUUCAUCAACUCUGGAGUCAAUCUGAUGGCAGAUCAACAAAUUGCGCCCUGGUUGACUAAACUAUUCAAAGUCAAAGGCAAUCUAAAAUAUCUUCACCAGAGUGCAGUGGAAAAGGCCUUACAGAGUCCAAAUGGACACCUGGACUUGUUCCUCUGCUUCCUCCUGGGUCUUUCUCUGCAGACCAAUCAGACUCUCCUACAGGGUCUACUGACAGAGACAGGAAGUAGCUCACAAACCAGUCACACUCCCCUGCAGGCCCUGCAGAUAAAGACAGGAAGUAGCUCAAAGGCCAAUCAGGAAACAGUCCAGUACAUCAAGAAGAAGAUCAGUGAGGAUCUGUCUGCAGAGAAAAGCAUCAACCUGUUCCACUGUCUGAAUGAACUGAAUGAUCGUUCUCUAGUGGAGGAGAUCCAACAGUCCCUGAGAUCAGGAAGUCUCUCCACAGAUAAACUGUCUCCUGCUCAGUGGUCAGCUCUGGUCUUCAUCUUACUGUCAUCAGAAACAGAUCAGGACGUGUUUGACCUGAAGAAAUACUCUGCUUCAGAGGAGGCUCUUCUGAGGCUGCUGCCAGUGGUCAAAGCCUCCAACAAAGCUCUACUGAGUGGCUGUAACCUGUCAGAGAGAAGCUGUGGAGCUCUGUCUUCAGUCCUCAGCUCCCAGUCCUCCAGUCUGAGAGACCUGGACCUGAGUGACAACGACCUGCAGGAUGCAGGAGUGAAGCAGCUGUGUCCUGGACUAGAGAGUCCACACUGUACUCUGCAAACUCUCAGGCUCUCAGGCUGUAUGAUCUCAGAGGAAGGCUGUGCUUCUCUGGCCUCAGCUCUGAGCUCCAACCCCUCCCACCUGAGAGAGCUGGACCUGAGCUACAACCAUCCGGGAGACUCAGGACUGCUGUCGGCUGGACGGGACGAUCCACGUUGGAGACUGGACACUCUGAGGGUGGAGCCUGCCGUAGUCCAAUGUUUGAGACCAGGUCUGAAGAAGUAUUGGUGUGAACUCACAGUCGACUCAAACACAGUGAACAGAAAGCUGAAACUGUCCGACAACAACAGGAAGGUGACACACGUGGAGGAGGAUCAGCCGUACCCUGACCACCCGGAGAGGUUCGAGCGCUGUGCUCAGUUGCUGUGCAGAGCUGGUCUGACUGGUCGCUGUUACUGGGAGGUGGAGUGGAGCGGGGAGGUGGACAUAUCAGUGAGUUACAGAGGAAUCAGACGGAGCGGAGAAAGAGAAGACUGUGUGUUCGGAGAGAACGAUCAGUCCUGGAGUCUGAGAUGUUCUAACACUGAAUACACUGUGUGGCACAAAGACAGAGAGACAUCCGUCCCCUCGUCCUCGUCCUCUGUCUCUCACAGAGUAGGAGUGUAUGUGGACUGUCCUGCUGGCACUCUGUCCUUCUACAGAGUCUCCUCUGGCUCUCUGAUCCUUCUCCACACCUUCAGCACCACAUUCACCGAGCCCCUGUAUCCUGGGUUUAGACUCUGGUCUGGGUUCAGUCUCAUGUCCCACAGACCUGGUUCUUCUGUGUCUCUGUGUCCUCUGCAGGAUGGAGAGUCUCCUUCAGCUCCAGAAACUUCAUCAGGGCUGACCAGAUAGUCCAGACCAGGGAUGGGCAACAGGAGGCCCGGGGGCCACAUACGGCCCGCACCCUCACUUGAAGUGGCCCUCAGUACAACUACAUGCAUUUGAGCAUGAAAUCUUAAAAUUGCAGUGUAAAAAUGCACAAAAUUACUUCUUGUAAUUAAUGUUGGUCUGCUGUUCUUGCACUGAAAAAAAUAAGAAAUCACAGUAAGUGGUUAUUUUUUAUUUGCUUCAAACCUUUUGUAUGCCUAUUUAUACUGUUAAACAUGCAUUUGAGCAUGAAAUAUGUUAAGUUACUGCACUGUAAACAUAUUUAAAAUUGCAGUUUCAUCACAUCUGGUUAAAUGCACGGUCCUAUAUGUGGCCCUGUGGUAGUGAACAUGAAAAAUUGUGGCCCCCUGCAGCAUUUAAGCUGCCCCUCCCUGGUCCAGACUCACACAGCUGAUUGGGUAGUUCGUGCAGGGUUUAUGAUGUGUUUGUAGGUAGUUGGUUUUAUUGUCUCAUUAUUGUCUGUGAAUGAAAAACCUUUAUGUUCCACUCCCUUAAAGUACUGAGUGGAUCCGGCCCGGCUCCAGCAGCCUGACCACGGCUCAGAUCACCUCCCAGAUCAAAGUAAAACCGUGUCGUUGCACUUUUAUUUUCACUCUACAUCGAUAUAUUUCCUGUUCAGCCGUUCUCACUCUGAGCUGGAUGGUUGUCUCCCUGGUGGUGUGUUCAGGGACAGGGCUUUUAGAGCAGCCAGGUUCACUUUGGUAACCAGGCAGCUGGUCCAAUUCAGUUUAACCCUCUGAAAUUUUUUACUAUUAUGUUCAUUAAAAAUCUGUUAAAAAAAUCUUCACCAUGCCAUGUUGGUAUCAGUUUUUUCAGCUCAACCUCACCUUUAUGUCCUGAUAAUUAAUUUUUAACAUUGACUUACUUGAUCAAAAUCUUGAACCCAAAAGAAACAAAGGAAAACAUAAAAUCUGAUCUUGAAAAUUAUGUUUGACACAGAAAUGUACCUGUUGCAUUUACAUUUACAUUUAGUCAUUUAGCAGACGCUUUUAUCCAAAGCGACU